AUGCAAGUUGAUAUGAUUGAAAAACCAAUACAGUUUCUUGAUGGAAACGUUAUUUGCACAAGUGGUUUUAAUAAAGAUGAAAGAAAAAUGUUAAAAGAAAUGAUUGAGUCUUGUGGGGGAUUCUAUUUAGAUGAAUUAGAUAGUUCUAUUGUAACAUGUUUAAUUUUAAAAGGAUUAUUUAGUAAAAAGGCUCAGUGUGCUAAACAAUCUGGAAUACCUGUUAUUUCAUUUCAAUGGAUUUUUGAUUGUAUUUCAGAAAGAAGAUUAUUCUCUUUUAACAAUUAUUUAAUAAAUUGA